GUCUUGAGUGCUGAUAUCAUCGCAAUAGUCUUAUUUCUCUAUACUCUCAUUCACACUAUCGCUUCAUAUCACCUUCCAGGAUGACGUCUCGUCCUAGUCACCAGAGAUCAGCCUCGUCCGGCACCAGAUCCGUGUCCCCGGGGAAAUCAGUUACCAAAGCCAAAUCGACCAACGCCCUAUCCGACCUCAGCAGCAAGUUCACGAGGUCGACCUCAAACCCAAAGAUCGAGGAGUUUCCAGAGAGCAACUUGAACACGCUGAGAGAUCCACGCCUCGCGAGUACUUCGGAUCUGUCGGAGACAUCAACGUCGGCUCCCCAUCACCCGGACCUGAGCAAUGAAGUCGCCGCUUUGAGUGUCAAGCUUAUCCAGGCGAUCAACAACCAGACCACGUUGGACGACACGCUGGCGGAAACCCGCCAGCAACUAGAGAAUGCACAGAGCAAGAUUACAGAGCUCCAGACGGCGAACGAUAAAUACCGCAAAGACAUCACGGACGAAGUGCUGGUCAAAAAGUCCGACGUCGACUAUGAGAUUCUACGCCUGAAAGCCUCCUUGGCGGAGGAGCGUGCCCAGCGUGCUCUGGCCGACAGAGCCAAGAAGAACAUCGAGCAAGAACUCGAGACUCUGACAGCGGCCCUCUUCGAAGAGGCCAACAAGAUGGUGUCUGCAGCCAAGCAGGAACGGGAAGCUGUGGAAAAGAAAAAUGAGCAGUUACGAUCACAGAUAAAGGACAUGGAGAAUCUCAUGGCCUCUCAACAACAACAACUCGCAGAGUUGAAGAGCGUGAUGCAAGGAAUGGGCAGUGUUCGUGAUGAAGCCGAUACUCUUACCAUUGCCUCUACCGCUCCAUCUUCGCCGUGCGUCACCCAGCAAUCCCUCGCCGGUAUCAGUCGACUGCGUGAAACCCCGAGCUUUUCGCCUAUUACUCCAGUCUCUAUGGACCUCUCACCGGGCCCCUCCACCAGCUUCCCUAACCUGAUCAAGACCGUGUGCCGUACGGACGUGCAAGCGUACGAUGACUUCCGCGAUCUGCUGAAUCACUCCACGAACUCGAAACCUCCCAGCCGGGCUGCCAGUGGAUCGUACGCUGGCCUGAAUGUGAUGGGGUUGGCCAGCUUAGCCGGCCAUAGCAUUUCUCCAAACCCUUCUUUCGGAUUGCAGGGGUCAAUAUCCCAAAGUCACUCACCGAAUUCAAGUGCUUCUUCCCCACAACCUUCCAGUGCUCAUAUCCCACUGAAGGAGACCAGAUUCUACAAGCGAGCUCUAACGGAAGACAUUGAGCCGACUUUGAGGCUCGAUAUGGCUCCUGGCAUCUCCUGGCUUACACGCCGCAGUGUUCUCAGUAGUAUUUGCGAAGGUUCACUGGUCGUGGAGCCCAUGCCGCCCGCAUCUUUGAAGUAUGCAUUUCCCUGUUCUCUCUGCGGCGAACGGAGGAAGGGUACUGAGAAUGAGAGAACUCAUCGAUUCCGAACUUCUGACAGUGAGACCGCUCAGCGGUAUCCACUGUGCGUGCUCUGUCUCGAGAAGGUGCGCUCAUGCUGUGACUUCACCGGCUAUCUGCGUCUCAUCCUUGACGGGCAUAUCCGCGUAAGUGACGCGGAGGAUGAGAAGGAAGCUUGGGAAGAGACCAUCCGCUUAAGGGAAAGGAUGUUCUGGUCGAGGAUCGGCGGAGGCGUGGUACCGACGUUUACCACCGCGGCGUCGAGUCCUGAGAAGACUUCUCCGGAUCAGGACUCCUUGGCCCCGGCUGAGGACAAUGGUGAAUCCGGAGACCAUUCAUCUAUGAGGCUUCGGCGAUGCUCCAUCUCCGAAAGCGUAAUAGUGAAAGACAGCAAGGAGACCUCCGAUGAGUCUGAAGAUCCUUUCCAUUCUGGCGCCAAGAGAGCCUCCAUCGGCACCACAAUCAUCUCGCAGGUCGAGAUUGAAGAGGUCCGACAUGAGGACAUGAAGGAGGAAGACGUGAAGGACGAUAUUCAGGUUUCAGAGAAGGUCGACUCUCAAGCUGAACAAGUUCAGGAAGCGGAUACACAACCGAAUCAUCUUGCUUCGGAUGAGAAACACACAGAGGUGCAUUCAGCGCGGAUUCCCGUCUCUGAAACAGAGCCAGAAGCAUCUCAGGAUCGUCCCUCUACUCCACCACUCAAGGGUGAUGCGGAGACCGCACCCAGGCUCACAGUUAGUAUCCCUGGAUCAUUCGACUGACAGAGAACCACGUUCCAUGUCUAACCGAUUCAUGAACACGUGUCAUGAAUAUCAUCAUCGAUACCCGUUUCCGAAGGGUCCGCCGAAACGGGACGCUUCAUGCGUCUUUACCCUUCUUUAUUGCAUAUAACUUCUGUUGUAAUUAUCAUGGCAUG